GCAAAAGCAAAUUUUGGUAUUGUUGUUUUAGGACCACUUUGUGUUAGUUUUUCAGCGUGGCAAAUGAAAUUGUUGACAUAUUUGGAGACAUGACCAGUGUCUUGCAUACUUAUACAACGCUGACAAUUUUUUUUAAUUGCAUUCCGUGAUCCGUGCAUGACUUAAAAGACGAUUUUUAAUCAAGUGCGUGGGUCGCGCAGUUGGUCAGUGUUCACAGACGAUCUCGGACGUUGGUGUUUUCAUAGCCGCUUGACGAAGAUUAAAAUUUGUAAAGCUGAAGUCCAACAACAAUGGAUUAUUCAAGGAUGGGCGGUGGCCACGGUAACUACCCCCCAGGUGCGAUGCAUGGGGAUAUGUUACAGCACCAGCAGCAUGGAAUGAUGGGAGACGGGUUCGCACAGCAGCAGCAGCACAUGGGACAUAUGUACGGGGACGGUGGCGGGACAGACUUUUCCCAGCAUGCCAGUGUCCUCAUGGACGGAGGGGGGCACUUCGGGGUGUCCACCCUGACGUUCGACACUCGACAAGAACUUGUCUGGGUUGGAAAUACAGGGGGCCAUGUUACGUCAUACUAUGGAAUCGACAUGCAGAAGUACACAUCGUUUCAAGUACAUGCUACAAAUGACAUUCGUCAGAUUCUUCCGCUGGACAGUGGGAUUCUAUUCCUCACCAAGAACAGUCUGAGGUUGUCCAUCAGGAGAGGGCUGUCCAUUCUCAACUAUCAAGGUCAGGAGAGUAUGCAGGACAUGCAGUGUAUGAUGAUGACCGGUCCAAGUGCCGUACUCAUGGGAGGUCACCAGGCCAAGGCCGUUGAAUUUGACCUCACUAAAGGUCAAGAAAUGAACCAGUUUGAUAUUGGUGAGCCUGGCUGUGCUAUUUUUCGACAAUCUGCAAGGUUCAUCUGCGCUGGGGAUACAAGUGGAAAGGUCAAGUUGUAUGAUCCAAACACAAUGAAAGCGGAACAUGUUCUUGAUGCCCACUCAGGCACUCUGUCAGACUUCGACGUCCACGAACAUUUACUUGUCACGUGUGGUUUUUCAAACAGGAUGGGGAACCUGACGGCCGACCGGUUUCUCAUGGUGUACGACAUGCGAGUCAUGCGUGCAGUGGCUCCCAUGCAGGUUCACGUCGACCCCAUGUUUAUACGGUUUGUCCCUGACUACAGCAACAAGCUGGCCAUUGUGUCACAGACUGGACACUUCCAGCUGGUGGAGGCGAUUGCGAUGCCGCCCCCGAUGGUCUUCUAUCAGGUGAACACAAACGGCACAGCCAUCACCGGCUUCGAUAUGUCGCCGUCAUGUCAGUCGAUGAUGUUUGGAGACAACCACGGAAUGCUGCAUGAGUUCACACUGGGAGACAACUGUUGUUUCAACAUGUACCCAGAACCCACUGAGUUUCCUGAUCCGGUCCAGCCUCUGCCGCCCAUUCACAUUGAUGAUGAAAUGACGCCGUACUCAGUAAUUCCGAUGAUUUACCCAACAAACGGACACCUCAUGUCGGACUGGCCUGUGGGGAUGUGUAAGAGAGAGUAUAGAAAGCCCAAGCCAAUAGACCCACAGCUGCUACAAUCGAUGAAGGUUUAUCAGAACGUCGGCUACGUUCCCAACCCAGGGAAGGGUUUGAGGAAUCAGAUCGCCUACAGGCUGCCGAAAGAAGGCCAGCCAUCACAGACGAGGAAACCAAGUGUUCCUGAGUCUCCCCUCGGACGAGGUGAGGAUCCAUUUCAAUCCAUCCCAAAGAAGUAUCAGAAAGUGGAGAUGAAGUACUCGAAGCUCGGAUUGGAAGACUUUGAUUUUCGUCACUACAACAAGACAAACUUUGCGGGUUUGGAGACAAACAUUCCAAAUGCUUACUGUAAUGCUGCACUUCAGUCGCUGUAUUUCCUUGAGCCGCUCCGAUGUCAUCUGUUGAACCAUCUGUGUCAGCGAGAAUUCUGUUUGUCAUGCGAACUGGGAUUUCUUUUUCACAUGCUUGACUCGCAAAAAGGACAGACAUGUCAGGCAACCAACUUCCUGAGGGCAUUCCGCACCAUACCUGAGGCAUCUGCGCUUGGUUUAUGCCUCGGAGAGGCAGAGGAGCUUGCUGGGAAGGUGAAUCUGUCUCGCCUCAUUCAGAGCUGGCAGCGAUUUGUUCACCAGCAAGUUCAUUCAGAGACGUGUGUGAAGAUUGAGCCGGAGGUGAAGGACAAACCGAUGGAGGCUGUUACCGAGGCAUCAGGUGAAAAGAAGAAUGAGCCGGCCACAAACAAGACAAAGAAGAAGAAGAAGAAAGGAAAGAAGAAGGAAUCCGACGCCAAAGAUGAGCAGGAGCAGACAGAAAGCACAGAGGAAGACAAUUCGAAAAGCGUAGAAGACGACCAGGCUCAGCCUGUCAGGAAGGAGGAAAAGUCCAUGGUAACCAAGUUGUUUGCAAUCCGUACCAACGUCGUGCUGCGGUGUCGCUGUGGGCUGGAGAGUAACCGUGACAACGACAUGACGCUCGUCAACCUCACCUACCCGGACUGCUACCCACAAGGUGAAGAGAAAAAUCACAGUUCCCUGCAGCCCCCGGCAGCGUUCAAGUUCUCGCAGGUUAUUGAACACAGCUUGUGUUCAGAGAACACCAUCAAGGCCUGGUGCAAUCAGUGUGCUCGGUAUGAACAACAUAUUCAGAAGAAAGUUCUGAAUAAUCUUCCUGAUGUCCUGGGAUUUAAUUGUCAGCUGGAAAAUGAAACUAAUUUGAAAUUCUGGAAAACACAGCAAGAGAUACUAAAGCUGAUGACGGAAGAGACUGUGCACAUUUCUGCUGUUGCUCAGCGGCGUCUGGCAGCGAAGAGCUGUCGCUAUGGCAGCUCAUGUAAACGCAAGGACUGCAAGUUCAGACAUGACCCAGAACACGAUAGUGUGUUGGACGAACUAGCAGAGCAACAAGAGGAUGAUGAAACCUCACCAAAAUGGCUGCCGCUCGGUCUCAAGAUAAAACUGCUUCCUAACGGAACUGUUGACAUCACGGAGAUAUCAGAUGAGGAGCCGCUACCUAAACAGGAUGAGGAGAACACUGUGUAUUAUGAGCUGUAUGGCACACUGGCCCACAUUAAGGACAAGGGUGCAGGGAACCUCGUCAGUCAUCUCAAUGUGGGUGAGGAAUUCCACCAGCGUAAAGAGCGCGUCACGUGCACACAGUGGUAUCUGUUCAACGACUUCUCCAUCACGCCCAUCGAGAAGUACGAGGCAGUUCAUUUCAACCUGGAAUGGAAAGUUCCCUGUGCCGUUUACUACAUGAGGAGAUACCUCACGAAAUCAUACGACCUCACAGUGAAGAAUCCCAUCAACCCAGACAUCAUCUACAACGACUGGGGCCUGCUGAACCCGAAGCGGAGGAAGAUCACCUACCAGCCACUGUCGCUCGACGAGCUGCCACAGAAGGGGGACAUCGUGGGGCUUGACGCAGAGUUCGUGUCACUCAAACAGGAGGAAUCUGAGCUUCGUAGUGACGGCACUAGGUCAACAAUCAAACCAUCACACAUGGCUGCCGCCAGAAUAACUUGUCUCAGAGGGCAAGGAGACAAGGCUGGUGAUCCAUUUAUUGAUGAUCACAUUUCCAAUCAAGAACAGGUGGUAGAUUAUCUGACCCAGUACUCUGGCAUCAAGCCAGGUGACCUUGACCCCAACGUCUCGACCAAGCACCUGACCACUCUGAAAUGCACCUAUCAGAAACUGAGAUACAUGGUGGACAUCGGAAUAUGUUUUGUCGGUCAUGGACUGAAGAAAGACUUCCGAGUUAUCAACAUACUGGUGCCCAAGGCACAAGUUAUUGACACUGUGGAACUUUUCCAUCUGCCGAGACAGCGAAUGAUUUCUCUCAGGUUCUUGGCAUGGUACUUUCUCAAGAUCAACAUCCAGUCCGACACGCACGACUCGGUGGAGGAUGCGCGGACCGCGCUGCAGCUAUACAAGCUGUACAAGGACCUGAAGGAUGAGGGCGGUGACAAGCUGCAGGCCACCAUCAAGGAGAUGUACGAGUUCGGGCGCAAGUGUCAGUGGAAGAUCCCCAACGUGGAGGAGGAGGACAUGAUCGACGAACAAAUCUCUUUUCUCUAGACAGGAUAACAUACUGUGUACGCACCGAUCGGACGUCACGCAUACUGUGUAUACUCGCCCACUGGACGUCAUGUACACACUGUACUUGCCUAUUGGACAUCACCGCGUACACACACUGUGUACUCGCAGGUUCGAUGGCACACACACUGUGUACUCGGCAAUUAAUGUCGCGUACACAGUGUGUUACUCGCCCAUUGGAUGUCGUGUACACACUGUGUAUUCACAGGUUGGAUGUCGCGUACACACACUGUGUACUCAGAUUGGAUGGUACACACACGCGCGGAGUACUCGGCAAUUGAUGUCGUAUACACUGUGUGUGUACUCACCGAUUGGAUGUUGCGUACACAUGCUAGCUCUGUUGAAGUCACAUUUAUACUGUGUCAAGUACGCACACAUACAUACACUGCCGUCUAAAUGGCAAAACCUAGUAACUAACCUUUUAAUCAAAAUUGAGAUUUAAUUAUAACAAGAAAAUUAUUUUUCAAGUUACUAGGUUAUGCCAAGGUUAUUGAGUUCUGGCCUUGUUGAAAUCACCGUCUUACUGUUUGUCCUUGUGUAGAUCACAUACACACACAUCAGUCCAGUGGCAGAACCUACUAAUGUUUUGGUCAAAAUUGAGAUGAUAUCAUUUUUAAAGUUAUUAUACUCUUGGUUAUUUUUCAAUGAAUUCUUGUAGAUUUAAGGGCAGUUAGGUUUACCUUUAUAGGCCUUUAAGAAUUGUGAGAAGAGUCAUUUUGUUUCUUCAAGUCCACUUUUGUGUAACCCAUUUUUUUAUUUUGUUUACACAUCAAAUCUAAGACAUCCAUCGACAUGUUCACACUGAUAUGGGUCACCUGAUUUUUUUUUUUCAUCCUAGCCCAUCAAUGAUUUUUGUAAAUUUGACAUUUUUAGAAGCUUGUUUUACCUGUUCAAAUUCAUCAAUAUAAAGCCAGAAUCUAACAUAUCCAUUAACCAAGUCAAUUUCCCACCGAAAAAAUAACAUCCGUAAAUAAAAAACAGACUUAAAAUCAUUUACAAGAGCCAUCAGUGUUACAGCAGUUCUUACAAAAACACUACUUAACGAUUUCUCAUUUUCCCCCAAAGCAAAGGUUUUGUCACUGGACACUGGCCUUAUAAAACAAAAUUACAUUUAUUCUGUCUGUCCAUCAGUAUGUUCAGUUGUUAUAGAAUGUAUUAACUCAUAAACACUACGCCCCUCCCCACACCAUUACAACAGACGGUAAAUACUAAUUCUGGUAUUUAUUAAAUCAUGAAGUUAGUGUUGUAAGGAAGGUAAGAGAGGUCACAGACCAUUUCUCCUUUUAACCUGUUGCUCAGUGUAUGAAAAUAAUUUGUAUUUUUGGGUAACUUUGCAUUGUUAAUUAGGCUAAGCAACCUUUUUAAUUAUUAUUUGUAUUUUAAUUAAUAUUUUUACACUGGAAAUAAGUAUGAGAGAUUUAUAGUAGUUACUAAUAUUUUUCAAAUUAAAUUAUUACAGAUUGUAUGAAAUAAAUAAACGUAUAUUUCUUGUGUGUCAGAUUUCGUGUCAAACUGUCAAAUAAACCUAUGUACAAGACUUGUAAACAUUUUUAAAAAAUUGUUAUUAAUUUUUCACCUUCCAGAUUGCAAUAUGUGUUAAUUUUCAAACAAUUUGUAUUUUAAAAGAAAACAGUUAUAUUUUAAAUGUCGUGAUUGAAAUUAUGAGAUAAAGGUUAAUUUUAGAUCUCUUUGCAAAGUACAGUUGGUGUUUAUCAGUUAAAAAUGUCAAGUAUGAAAACCGUAUCAAUGUUAUAUGAAAUAGGUAUUGUGAAAAUGAGUUAUUAAAAAUGGACGAAUAAGCUAAUAUAUGCGAUAUAUACAGUUCUACCAAAAUGCAUAUCAUUUGUAGAAAUUCUAAUUUUAAUAACAUUCAGUUGUGGAAAUAGUAACUUUUAGCCAACACGAAUGUCCAUUAAAUGGUUACUAGAAGAAUACACUAUAUUUUUAGUACAUUUUUAAAACAACAGUAGAAAUAUUAAUUUAAUUUGGUGGUACCAGUGCUAAAUUUGGUGGUACCAGUGCUAAAUUUGGACCCACCAAACCUCACGCAACUGUUGAGCAGAAAGUGCGAUCCUUGGUAUACGCAAACUCAUUGUUAUGUUAACAAGUUAUUCAGAAGGCAUUGUUGUUUAAACCAUCACCUGUUAAAUGUAAUUUACAAGUGCUUUCUUCCUUUCUUUGGAAAUGGCCUCUAGUGUAUUGUGGGAAACAUUUUUUUGUAUACAUACUAUACAAGUUUCAUAAAAUAGUAUCACGUG